GACAAGUUGUUCGGUCUUGGUUCGAGCCUCCAGACGAUGAGACUGCUUGCUCCUGCAGCUGCUGGGCAGAGCUUGCGGCGCGUUGUCGGCGCAGCAUUUCAGAGUCCUGCUGGUCGCAGGUGGUCUUGAUGUUCGACGGACAUGUGAGAGGAGUACAGUUCGAUCGCUUCGGCGCGGUGUGGUUUCGCGGCGUUGAGCUCCUCCGAACGACCACUCCGGAGCCGUCUCCUUCAGGUAUCGAGUGGCAUGUGGAGCGGGAUAUAACCGACUUUCAGAUCCCUGGCUGGAGUUUUACAGUCAGCGGUUCCGUUCUUCACUGUUUUCUGGGCUUUGCGUUUCGAGGAAACCGGGGCGUGACACUGAUAUGCCUUUGUUCGGUGCAUCGGACGACUCAGGAGCCUCUUUCGCAGCGCUGGAGAGAUGACUCUGACUCUGGGCACUGCAGCUGUGCAUGUUGA